AUGUCAAUAUGCUUUUUAUUUUGUCUUAUAAAAUCAAAAUGUUAUAAAAAAUAAAAAGAGCCUGAAAAAUAGGAUUUGAAAUAUGAAUUAAAAAAUCCUCCAUCUAUAAUAGAUAAAUUCUUUCCAUCCUAAGAAUUUGCAGCACUUCGAAAUAAAUGUGAAAAACUUGUUACAUUAAAUCAAUGCCUGAUUUGUCUUGAUCUAUUCUAUGAUGAUUCACGUGUAAGAGUCACCUAUUGCAAUCAUAUCUUCCAUACAUCUUGCUUCGAUAAAUGGAUGAAUGUACAUAAAGUAAUGUGAUACUACAUAUCACCAGAGUUGUCCUAAUUGCAGGAGUUAAUUCGACUAAGAAUCCAUCCUUAAAUAUUCCAACCAGAAAGAAACUGAAAUGCUUUAAUGGAGUAGUAGAACAGAAGAGAUGAAGACAACUAUGAAACCACUAAUCAAUGAGACAUAACAAUAACAACCUUAAGUUUCUUAAUUAGAUUCAUAGAGAAACAUAUAAGCUUUUUGA